AUGGCGAAAAAGGUUAAUAAGAGGGCAGCCCACAAUACUCAAAAGGAGAAGCGGUUUCCAACCUCUUCUCUCCAAGCAGUUUUACAAGAGAUCGUUCUAGCUAAAGAGGCACAUAUAUGUCCACAUCUCGAUAAGGGCACUAAUUUGGAAAAGUUUUCCAAAAGAAUAUUGUCGCCUGAGUCUCUUAUUUCAGUGACAUGUGACUAUUGUUUGCACGACAUGGCCAAUAGGAAGAUAACAAAGAGAAAAGACAAGUCUGGAAAGAAUAAAGGAAAUCUUUCCAAAUCCGAGUCCAAUUUGUUAUGGGUAUGUUUGGAAUGUGGACAUUUUUCGUGCAGUGAUGCGGGGUUCCUUAUCACACCUCAGAGUCAUACAACUCGGCAUGCAAAGGAGUACCGCCAUCCGUUGUUUUUGAAAUUUUCAUACCCUGAUCUUAGAUAUUGUUUCUCUUGUAAUACCUCUAUCCCAGUUCAAUGGUCAGACAAGAAUGGAGAACUAGAAGAUGUUUUGUCAGAAUUUGUUAAAUUAGUAAAACCACUAUUAUUGCCAAAAACUCGUGUAGUUGAGGCAAUUCUGCAUCGAACUAGUAGUAUUACACCUCAUGUUGAUUUAGUAAAUACCCUUCAAAACUGCUUAGAAGGUAGAAAUGGCGGCUAUAUGGUAAAAGGUUUGGUAAAUUUAGGGAACACUUGCUUCUUAAAUUCAGUGUUGCAAAAUCUUCUGGCAGUGCAUAAAUUACGGGAAUACCUCUUGAAACUGGAGGGAUUAGUUGGGCCCAUCACAGCAUCUUUGAAGAAGCUUUUUGUUGAAAUGAGCUCAUCGACGGGUACCUGCAAUGUCAUCAACCCGAGAUCCUUUUUCGGUUGUUUUUGUACCAAGGCUUCCCAAUUCAAGGGAUUUCAACAGCAUGAUAGUCAUGAGUUGCUUCGUUGUUUGCUUGACGAAUUGUGUAGUGAGGAGUCUCGUGUACAAACACAUUCCCAAGAUGGCAGUGGGAAUGCAAACCAUGCUUCUACUUUUGUAGAUACCUUAUUUGGGGGACAAGUUUCUAGCACGGUCAGUUGUUUAGAAUGUGGACAUUCUUCAGUUGUAUAUGAGCCAUAUUUAGACCUUUCAUUACCAUUACCGACCAAGAGAUCUUCGUCUAAAAAGACCCCACCAGUUGCUGGAUCCAAGAAAUCAGUAUUUUUUUCUAACAGGAAAGGAAAGAUUUUUGCAAAACCUGAAAAAGCUUCAGAUUCCUUGGUAGGCAACGGUGUUACAAGUGUUUUAAACAGUGAUGACUCGUCUGGAGCCACACAGUCUAUGGAAACAUCCGGCGGAAAGAAUGCUGUUUUUUUAUGUGAUUCAACACAUUCAGGAUCUGUUCUCCUUGAUGCCAUCGGUGAUAAAAAUGAUUCAUCCCUACAGGAUGAAAUCCACCAGAUGGACAGUACUGUAGCUUUAGUAGAAAGUUUAGUUCAACGUUACUACGGUGAACCAGUCUCUUUGUUCAAUGGUUAUGAUAAGUACACUGCAAGUUCAUCAAAUGCUUUCUCACUCGAAUGUAGUAUGCCCACUAUGCCAUAUAAUGGUCAUGAUACAACUUGUGAGCAGCUUGACUCUUUUGAUUCAAAGGAAGCAUCAUGGAUGGAUUAUCGUAGACUAGGUAAAUCUGUCAUUGAAGAUACAACAUCACCUAAGCAAGAUUUGUUACUGAUUCAAGAUUCUGAAAAUAGUGAUGAUGACUUAUCGGAUGACGAGCCUCUGGCAAUAGCUCACGAAUCUUUGCUUCCUUGCAAGGAAACCGUCUCAACAUGUGUACAAGAACCGUCAGAUUUUAAUGGAUCUGGAUAUCUGUUUUGUGAACGCAAGCCUGUUUUUGGGCCCACUAUGAAUCCCUUAUUUAACAGAAUUAAAGGAAGUGAGUCUGAUCCUGAUGAGGUUGAUGAUACUGAUUCUCCUGUGUCCGUGGAGAAAUGUUUGGCUUAUUUCACUACCCCUGAGCUUCUCACACAAAAGGAACAUGCCUGGGAGUGUGGUCAAUGUUCCAAGACCUUGUUAGAGCAAAAGACAAUACUAAAGAACAAACUGAAAAAGUUCAAUUUGAAUGGGUAUAAUAAUGAAAUUUCAAUUGCUUCAUCGGUUUUGGGCACCGAUUACUUGCAUUUUAACGGUUUUGAAAACCAUAACAAUCAAAGUACUGCAGGGGUUGACGAUUCUGAUGAAAACUUGGCAUUUUGUAAUGGAAUGAGUGAUAGCUAUCAGGAUACUGAAUCUUGCAACAUCAACGGGUUUACUGAUAUAUCUGAGACUGAGAACAGUGAGCAAAAGGAAUCUGAGCUUCAAGUGAGUCAACAUGAAUCUGAUAGUAGUGAUGAUGACGAGGUGGGCUCUAAGGGUGUGAAGGUGGUUAGGGAUGCAUCUAAGAGAAUUCUGAUCAGUAAGGCCCCACCAGUUUUGACUAUCCAUUUGAAAAGAUUCUGCCAAGAUGCCUGUGGUCGUUUACGUAAACUAAAUGGUCAUGUCAACUUUAGUGAUACAUUUGAUCUUAAACCCUACAUGGACCCCAGCUGCUGCAGAGAUAAAGAGUAUAAAUAUCAACUAGUAGGAGUGGUGGUGCAUUCAGGAACAAUGAGAGGAGGCCAUUAUGUGGCUUACGUCAGAGGUGCAAAGGGUUCUACAGGGACAAAAGAUGAUGACAAUGGCUUAUGGUACUAUGCAAGUGAUGCUAAUGUUCGCGAGGUUUCUUUGGAUGAAGUUCUUCGGUGCGACGCCUAUAUCUUAUUUUAUGAAGAAAUGUGA